CGUGUUUUUGUUUCAGUUUUGCCGUCGAAGCGAGUGGAGUUAUAUUGUGGCCGUGUGUAGCAAUAAUCGCAGUGCCUUCGGUUUUGCUUGCCUGUUUCAACUGCAGGAAUUGAGGAGUUGAAGAAUUGUGCAGUGCGCAGAUCGCUGCGAAGUUGUAUAUUUCGUGCCUUGUUUUGUAGUAAAUAGUGGAGAAAUAAAAAAAAUAAUUCGAGUCCGGGAAACUCGUAAGGCUGCCACCGUUUGUUGAUGUUUGUGGAUGAUCGGAGUUAGCCGCGCGCACAUCGGGUGGAUAGUGAGCGAGAGUGCAUACGCGCAGGGAAGAAGAAAAACGUGAAGUGGAUAGAUUCUUUUGCCUUUUCUGGACCAAAAACGGCAAACCAGUAGCGACGGCGGCCGCAGCAGCAGCUGCAGCAUCCCGUGGGAUUUUGCGAAAGCCCCAACACGGUGGGUCAAGUAGGUGCAAACUGUGAGAGGUGAACGCGGGGUGCUCUGUUGGCAUUCCGAAGGGUGGUCGCCGCGGAGGAGGAAGCGAAAACGUAUUCAAGGCUCAAGGCAAAAUAAGCAGCCUCACACAGAGUGAAGACGAUACACGCUCUAAAGAGCAAUAAUAAAAGGUUGGAAAUUUUUUUCCGUUCCAAUUUUGGGAUACACUCGGGGUGGAUGAGCGACGCGAGUGUUCGAGAGAAACAGGGCCAUCUCAAACUAGCAGUGCAAAAAAAAAAGUGGAUGCUGCGUAGUGAAGUCUUGUUGUUUUUUGUUUUCUUAUUAUUUCGUGGAAAACACGUGGAACACGAAUGAUCUGAUUUUGGAGCUCAAAAGGUAAGGCGCGGCAAAGCGGUUUCAAAGUGCACCCGGUAGAGUUUUAGUGCGAGAAGUGCGAGGAAGACGGGUGCGAGAGGGUGAAUGAAAUCAGGGGCACACAGUGAACCGAGGAACGAACGAAAAGUAUCAAAACAACUGUGCCUUAUUAGUGGACUGAUUUUUUGUAUAGUGGAACUGCAUUAGUGGCAUAUUUACUGGAGAACAAUUCGACUGUGGAGUGAUAUUUGGUUUGGAACUGCAAGCGGAAAUAGAUUCAACUUGGGCUUUUUUAGGUUCAAAUUUUAGGAUUUCAACGACUUUUUUUGCGCGCUGGCUUGACGCUACAUCGGUGAUUUUUUUCCUUCUUCUGUUCUGUUGUUUCGUUUCGUCGAGCGGAACUUGUGUAACCUGGAGGAUCUCUCUCCCCGGCCCCGGCAGUCGCGAGGUGCCAGUCAGUGUCUUCGGUGGUGUCGGUCGGUCGAUCGGUUCGAGCGGGACGCUCUCACUGUGUUGUGCGCUAUUAUGAAUCCGAUAGUCGGAGUCUUUAGCGUCGAGAGAUAACCAACCGUAAUGGUACAGAGUGAUAAAAAAUGACUUUACCGAGUGUGUGAGUAACCUAAUGGGAGCAGAAAAUGCCUUAGAGUCUGUCCUAGGCGGUGAGUGAGUGAGCUAACGAUAAAGUUGAGGGAAGCAGAUGAUGAAAUAGCUUUUUUUCGACAGGCGUUGGGUAGAAGGUGAUAAGAAAGCUAUUUCCCGGUCUCUCGCAGUGAUGGAGCAUAAAGAAUGUGAUAAUUGAGAAGAAUUUACGAGAAGUGUAGAAGAGCGAGAAGAAAAUGUGGUAUUUCAGUUUAUCUAUUUAAGUGCCUUUGGACAAUCGCAUUCGAGCGCGAUAGUGAGUGUAUGAUUCGCUGUUAGUGUCUAUAAAAUACAAACAACAGUGAAAGCCUUAUCUGGGGGGAAAGCUGAAGGAAUACCUCUCCAGAUAAAUUGAGUAAUUACCGUGCCGUGCACAACAGGUAGCUUAGCAAGAAAAUUGUCGUUCAUCACAUUCCUCUGCAGUCCUGUACAGCAUUCCCGUAGUCAUGUCAACAAAUAGUAAUAACUUAAAGCUAUCCGGAAAUGUUAUCAGUCUGACAAGUAGUAAACAGCCUCAGCUACAGAAAACCAAAUUAAAGCAGCCACCACACUCGACAAUCGCGACCACCGUACAUUCGAAUUCGUCGGCUCCCACAAGUCAACCCACAGUGAAUGGUGGAUCAAAGCCAGUUCAAAACCAGUCAGGAUUACAGAAACAAUCCGCUCAGCAAUCCCAACUGGCGGCUUCUCAUAUUCCGCCACGGUAUCAACCACCACCACAGCCACCCGGGGGCAUCUUGAAGCACAUUUCCCACAACGGUGGUGCGCCACCCCUAGCCAGAUCGUCCACAGUUCCUAGUAUAGCCUACCCGAGCGAGCUAAACGGAGUAGGUUCCCAUCAUCACGUCAAAUUCCCACCCGAAGUGCCGAAAUCGUCGGGUUUAUUCAUCCCGGAAAACCUCAAGCAUCAACUUAAUCCAUCGCGACUUGCCGUCCCUCGAUCCCAUCUCCGAUUCUCGAAUCAACAUCACCUAGCCCCAAGUAGUCAUCACCAGAAUCAACCACAACCGUCGUCCCAUCAUCUUCCUCCGCCACCUCACACGCGGCUUAGCUCCGAGUCAUCCUCCGAGGAUCAAACUACCACCAGUUCAUCCCGGUCCCUCCAGCACCAUUUGAACCCAAAGCCCUACAAGCAAACGUCCCAAACACAACCCCAAUCCCAAGGGCACAUCCAGCAGACUACUGCGAUCGUGCACCAUCAUCAGCCUCCAUCAAGUCAACAACCUCCACCAAUUCCGCCAUCGAGUUCUGCCAACAGCCGCGAACUUCAGCAACACCCAAAUCACCACCAGCAGCAGCAGCAACAACAGCAUCACCACCACCAGCAACAACAGCAGCAGCAGCAGCAGCAACAGCAGGAGAUGCUGAAGUUUGUCCGAAAGGCCGACUCGGAGACUUCAUCGACGCCGACCUCCUCCAGCGGCGGCCGGAUAUCGUCGAUCGAGCAAAAUCGACACUUUCAGAAUCUCCUCGCCGAAUUGAGAGCACUGAAAGAGGCUAACCAGCGGCUCAGCGAUGAUAACCAGGAACUGCGAGACCUGUGCUGUUUUCUGGACGACGACCGACAAAAGGGUCGGAAGUUGGCCCGAGAGUGGCAACGCUUUGGCCGGUACACUGCCAGCGUUAUGCGACAGGAGGUUUCCGCCUACCAGACCAAACUACGUCAAUUGGAUGAUAAGCAGCAGGAGCUUAUCCGGGACAAUUUGGAACUGAAGGAACUCUGCUUGUAUCUGGACGAGGAACGGACCAACACCAACCGGCCGGCCACGGUCUGUACCAACUGUGGAGCUCCACCCGGUUCAUCCAGUGCUGUUCCCCUCCGUGAUGACGGAGAUGGAAGCAGCUCAAGUACUAAUGCGGACGAAAACCUGCACCAGCUUGGCGGACAGUUCGGAAGGAAUGGACUGACGGAAAUCAACCUUCGCUCCACAUUAAGUGACCAAACCCUGCAAUACGUCCGUUCGCUCGAAUCCCGAAUACGACAGCUAGAGGAAGAACGUUGCGCUAUUCUGAAAAGCGUCCCAAUCGGUCCACAAAACGGAACCGGACCUCAGGGCAAUAAUAACAACAAUAACAACAGCAGCACCAUAAAUAACAACAACAUCAUCAACAACCACAACAACAACAGCAGCGCCAAUCAAACAACGUCUAUCAACGAUCCCAUCUCGGGCCGACCGGAGGCGGUUGUGCGAGCCCUGCAGGUUUUGGAGGUGCGCGAGCAGCUCGAACGGGAACGAAUCGGACCAAACAAGAUGCCCGAUCAGCUGGAUGACGGCGAAAAGGCGCUCGUCCGUGAGAUGUGCAAUGUGGUGUGGCGAAAGCUUGAGGAUGCUCCCAAUGCGGGCAUUGAUCAGCAUGUUUGAUCGGGAAUCCGCCGGCGUUAGCAGCGUGACGUGGCGGAAAAUAUGAUAUUGAAAUAAACAACAACAAAAAAACACAUCUAGAGCACACACGAGGCUGUUUGUGUGGUCAUCGUCAUCGUUGUCGGACCCAGUUGGACCACGCACAGAGUACAGAGAGGAGGAGAAGAUCGGCAACUCCAGCAUUCAUUCGGCUCGGUGGGAUUCGGUCCGUUUCUCUUACACUUUAUCCUCUUCUUUUUGUUUAUGUACAAAUUAAUUAUAAUGAUUCUACAGAAAGAUAAAGAAUGGGAACGUUAUGAUGAACGAGAGCAAAGAUUGCGCUGUCAAAUAGAAUCCCUUUAGCGGUUAAUUUGUACAGAGUGGUAUUGUUAAAGCAGGAUACAAAAAACAGAAAUCGAAUACAAAAAGAGGUUUCUAAAAUCUUGUAUAGAUACAACACAAUACAGUUUAACAUAUUCAAUCAAAAACAAUAAAAUAUUUAUCAUCGUUUAUCGUUAUAUUUAUACUCCAUUGGGAAAAAGAUAUAUUGUCAUGAUGCUGGAAGCAUAGACGAUGCAUAGAAUCGGACCAAACAAGCUGCUGAAUUACUAGGGUUAGGGGACAUCCGAUGGAGUGAACGGAAAUGCUUUACAUACGAUAUAGAGCGUAAGCAAUUGUAGAAAUACGUAUGGACGAGUUUUGGAGUUUAGGGUUUUCAAAUGUAGUAAACACAGAAGCAUUCUAUUUCAGCGCUAUGUAUUUGUGUAUUCUAGGAUUUCUUGUUAGUGUUGUUUUUAUAUACAUAAUUUUUAUCAUUAUUAAACGGUUGUUAUU